AAGAAUGAAUACAAAUAAGGGGACUGUGCCUUUAAAGCAUCAGUAAGUUGAUUUCCAACAUCACUGACCAUGCUUAAAGCAUAAAAAGUGUAGUUUUGUAACUUUUUGUUCAAAAGUUGAAAAAAAAAUUCUCCAAGGCCAUAAACACAUUUAGGGUCUGGCCAAAACUUUAGGGUAGGUCGGGAUACCGGAAACAAACAAUUUUUACGCCUUAACAUAACUUGUAGGCCAUAAAAUUAUACGUUGUAAUUUCCAAAGUGUAAUGUCAAGAAAAAAAAGAGAGACAGAAUAUGGGUUUUUUCUAACAGUAUCCUCUUAAAAUCUUUAGGCCCGAGUUAACAUUUUGUAGUGUCAUAACGAUGUACGGGAACGAUCUUCAUACACCAUAAAGUUCCGAACCACAUACAAUUAUUAUGAACAUAUAGUGUUAUUGAAAUCAAUAACGAUGGUUGAAGUUUUCAGACAUUUCAGAAAAUCCACCAUUCGUAUUAAGUUUAUGUGAACAGACAUUUGCAGUUAAGAGAAUAUAAUUAAAAUUGAACAACUAAAUAAUAUAAAUAAGUGAAUGAAUAAAAGCGAAAUGAAAAAUGUAUUUAAUCAAUGUUUCUAUGUUAUACGGAGGAAAUAAAAUGAACGAAAAUAAACGAUAUCCCAAAAGCGUAGAAUUAAUUUCCCGAAAUUAUAAGAAUAAUAUAAAUUGAACAGUGAAGUUAUUAUUCUCUAAUUUGAUGAAACUGACAUGCGUUUUUUGUGUUUGCAAUAACAUUAUUGUUUUCAGUAUCUACACCUUGGGCAAUACCAAUUUUAUAAGAAUUAAACAAUAAUUUCGAAGUACCUGUAUUUGGAAUAUCAUGGCGGAAAAUAUCACAAGUUCACCAAAAUACGAUGUUUUUGUGCAUAGUUUAAGGAACGCUACAAAAGCUCGCAAAAUUAAUGAGUUACUAAAGAUGUGGACUGAGUUGUGUUCUACUAUCCCGGAGGAAUAUACCGCCUUAGUUAUACGACAAUAUUAGUAUCAUAUCUGCUAUUCUGCUUAAACACUCAAAACCUGUUCAGAUAAUGUUUAUAAAGCACGCCGGCAGCUUUUGUGGCACUGGAAAAGUCAUACGACGAAAAUAUUUUGUGUCUGUUAAAGUGUCUUGAAACGAACAAGAAGGAGUAUAAACUUUAAUACCAAAUGACGCAGUAGAAUUCGACAAAGACCUUUCCAUGAAAAUAACAGGGGAGCACUGAAAACAGAAGAGACAAUACUAUUAUAUACAGUGCGGACAAUACUGAAAGACUUGAGAAUUAAGAUAUCCUCUGAGAGAUAGAAUUGAAUAUUUUGAGAAACAUACUAAAUCUUAAUAAAAUGCUAGAAAACACAGUCAGUUCACCUAAAUAUGAUGUUUUCAUUGUGCAUAGUUCGAAGGACGCAGCAAAAGCUCGCAUUUUCAACCAGGCACUAAUCGACAUGGGGUAUGUUGCAUUCGACAAUCUAAAAGAAGUAUCUGCGUUUGCUAUAGGGAGACCAGUGUUUGACAAUAUCAUACAUGCUGUAAAGCAUUCGAAACUUGUUCUGAUCCUGAUUACAAAACAUGCCAUAAGCUCUCAUUGGGUGACUUUGGAAACUCUCGUUGCAUUAGAAAAGUCGGAUCGCGAGAAUAUUCUGUGUGUUCGUCUAGUUUUUGAAGGAGUUUCUGAAACUGAAAGGCAGAAUUUCAAGCGAGGAAUUUUGACUGUAAUACCAGACAUUAUAGUGGAUUUCAACAAAGACAAAUGGAAGGAAGAGUUUGCCGCCAUAAUAAAAGAAAACAUACCAAUUCAGAAAUUAUUACCGGCGGGAAAUGUCGCUCAUGGUCUUGUGUUCAACUAUUUCAUAGGUUACUUAGCCUACGUUCUUCCAGCAAUGUCAAAGUCUGUGGAAAAGAUUGAAUAUUUCACACAUGAUAAAUUCUCCAAGAAGUUUUUCGUUGUUAUGCCUGAAUCUUGUGAAGUAAAACCACUAGAAGGAAAGUACAAAAACUUCGUCAUAGAAAAGAUGGAACGUUCGUUAGAAAUAGAAGCAACACAUGGUGACAAACAACGAAAAUAUAAUCUGGCCGUUUAUAAAAUAACGAAAGAAAAUGAGUUUUAUUAUUUUUGUGCGGAUUGUCCGUUCAUCAUUGCGACUAUGUUUAAAAUGAAGGAGAUGGGUUUUGCCGAUAUCGAUGUUCACUUCCAAGGUGUCAGAUUCUAUAUGACCCUGAAAGAACUUGUCGAACAUCGAAGCAACCCUGAAUACAAAGAUACAGCAAACUUUAUCAUGUUCAAUGGUAUUGCACAGUCUUCAAGUCCAGCACUAGAAAUCUGGGAAUUAUUGAAGACAGAGCUUUCCACAAACGAAGAUCAUGACACAACUGUUGUUACCAGAAACGGUUUCGCCGUCGAAAAUUAUCCGAGCCUCACAGUGUCAGUCAUCAACUCUACUGAAGGUGACAUUGUGGCGGAAGAGGUAAUUCAAUUUCUUACCAUGCACGGAAUGAAUUUCACAAGUAGUAGCGCUGCAAAGAAAUUACCGGAUACUGAUGAUACAUGUACCAGAUGGAAGAUUUUUAUACUGACUGAUACUUCAACAAAAGACAAGGUUAUGGAACACAAGUUUAAUGAUGCCCUAUCUGAGAGUAUCUUUAAAAAUCAAGUUCAGGUAAUCCCAAUACUUGUGAAGGGCGUAGACAUUGAAACUAUUCCCUAUCGAUUCAAAUGGACAACUGUUUUAAAACAGGAAGAUCCCAAGUAUCUAGAGAAAAUGUGGAAAACAGUACAUGAAGACAAACCUAUGGAGGAACUCCAACCUGCAGGAUCUUUGUUCGAGGGCCUGGCAUAUUCAUACAUGUUAAACUAUAUGCCUUUCAACCUCGUUGGUAAAACUGUUGAUGGCAGAGACUUCACAGGGAGAUUUGUAGAUGCAGUUAAAAAGUACAAAGUCAACUGCAAGAUUGUUCCAAAGGUUUAUGUUAUAGUGCCCUCAUCCUGCGAGUUCCCUCCCUCGGGGACGCAGUUUGAAAAAGAGGAACAUCUUGGGCCUGUGGAACCAAUAGUCCAGGGAUUCCGUAAAUACUUUCUGCAACUUUAUGCAUUGACUAUUUCAAGGCCUGGCAAAUGGAAGGACGUAAAAGUGUGUUACGCCCGUGAAUAUGCCACACCAGCUAUUGCCUUGCGCGAUAUGACAAGGUUACCGUUCGCGGGACUUAGCGUGGAGGACAUGAGGAAUCAAGCAAAACAAUUUGCAGAUUUUUCUAAUGAAAUAAUGCAACACGAUAUCUUCAACAGAGAAAUUGGAGAUGUAAAAGAUAAAUGUUCCAUUUUGUAUUUUGAAGAUGACAAACAUGGAAUGGCUGGAGUAACAGAAUUGUUGGAAGAACAAAUAAUACAGUGUCUGGAAAAGAGGCUCUUCGUCGAACCUCCUUAGCAUAGAGAGAAAAGUAAAACAUUUUCAAAGCCGAAAAUAUCUGAUAUGUUGUAUUACGCUCUAAACUUCAUAAAGGUUUUAGCACCUUAUAGAGGAAUUUUAUCUGCCAAAGAAAGUGUUGAUAAUGAACGUUUGGCACGUGAUUUCAUGAAUUACAAGUUAAUGAGUACAUAUGUACCCUUAUAUUGCGUAUUUAUCCUAUUUAUAACUUUUAUUUUAUACAACCGGGUGUUUGAUGGUAACUAGAUGCAGGGCUUAGCUCAGGGGGAAAUACAAUAGUUCAAUAGUCGAUAAUUAUUUUUAACAGGUCAUGAAUUCAUUCGAGUCAAUAAUCAAUCAGGUUUCAGAUAUGACAAAUUAAAUGCAUCUUAACUCAAUACUAUGCCCAAUUAGAAAAACCUUGCACCCAUGUUACCCAGUAGUGCCUUAAAUCGCAUGUAUGUAAUAAUUAGCAAAACUUAAGAAAUUUUUGUCUUUUCAAACAACGAACAAAUUUAAAUGUGUAAAAUUAAUUCUUAAAUUUGCUUACAAAACUGAUCAAAAUUGUUUCCUUUUAAGAUAAACAUAUACACAUUCAGUUUUUAAAGAGAGCUUUUAGAUUUACUUUGAACAAAGACUAUUGAAUUGUUUUCUGAACUAAACUCGUUCUACAGAAAAUUACAUUUCAAAAAACAUUUUUUGUCUUCUAUCAGUAUUCAAAAAUAUAUUUGUCUGUUUAUAAAUAAAUUAUUUGAAUUAU